AUGGCCGCCGCAACCUUCUCCACCGCCGGCCGCCGGCUCCUCUCCACCGCCGCGACAGCGGCAGAGAAAACCGAGCUCCCCGUCCCUAUCGCCCGUCUUCGCCAGCUCGCCCGCGCUGGCCGCCUCGACGACAUCGACGCGACCCUCGCGCCCCUGUUCCCCUCCCACCCCGUCGCCGCGCUCUCGGCCCUCUCCUCGGUGGGCCUCCCCGACCGCGCCUCCGCGCUGCUCGGAACCAUCACGUCGCCCACUACCGCGCACCUGAACGCGGUCCUCAGCCCACUCCUGCGCCGCCGCCGCCUGGCCGGGCUGCAACGCCUCCCGCACCGCGCCGAGGAGCUGUGGCGCGCCAUGGUCCAGGACCACGGCAUCGCCCCCGACACCGCUGCCUACAACGCCCGGAUCACCUACAAGUCCGCUAACGGCACCGUGGAGGAGGUCAAGGAGCUGAUCCGCGUCAUGCGCGAGGAGGCCGGGCUCCGGCCGGAUCUCGUGUCCUACAACGCGCUCAUGCGGGCGAUGGCGCGGCACAACAGAGUCGAUGAGACGGUGGAGGUGUACCGCAGCCUGGAGGCCGGGGAGGAGGCGGACGUGGCGCUGGACUGCGCGACGUAUACUUGCGUGGUGGGCGCGCUGUGUGGCGCGGGGCGGUGGUCGGAGGCGGAGGACGUGUUCUACGCGGGAGUGAAGCGCCGGAAGGUGACCGACCUCGGAACGGUGCGUGUGCUGGUGCGCGGUCUCAAGGACGCUGGCAAGGGGCGAGCGGCGAGGCGGGUGGUGGUCGGUCUGCGCAAGAAGUUCCCCGAGCAGUUCGACGGGCCGUGGAGGGAGCUUGAGGAGGUGGCCGGGCUGAACUCCUCCGGGAAGGAGGAUGAUGAUGUGGAAGACGGAGCCGACGAGAAGCCGGUGACAAGGGCCGCCGCGGCGUGA